ACGGAGUGUGAACUUGAAGGAAGCCCUGAUCAUGACCACCUUCUCAGCAACCAUUUUGCAGAUAAGAGCAUAAUGAGAGUCACACAAGCUUGUACAUGUAGGUCAACGUCACAGACAUCCCCUGAGCACUGAGAUGAAGAUAUAAACUUGUCAGUUCACGCCCGUCCAACAGUUUCCCUCUACAUGUGCAGGACUGCCUUGACAUGAGAACUAUCCGAAUGUGUGAGAUGGAAAGUGGCGAGAUCACGUGAAGUUAGCCUUGCUGGAAACUAUAGAUAAGGACUAGUUUUGUGCAAAGGAAUCAAAAUCAGCCACAAUGUUACAGCUCUGCAAAAGAACAUUUGUAAGUGCUGCUGUAUAUGUGAUUUGCUACUUGUGCCUCCAUGUGAGUCGAUCUGCCGUGGCCAUGGAUGGCUUCUUGUCGUACCACGGUGACAUCAUGCUGGGUGGGUUGUUCUCGAUGCACACUGUACUACAGACGGCCCAGGACAACCAGCUGGCCACAGAAGCGCAGUGCACGAACUUCCGCUACCGUGGUUUCCGCGAACUCAGUGCCAUGAGGUUCGCUAUCGAGGAGAUCAAUAACAGCACGACGCUGCUACCUGACGUCAAACUUGGCUACAACAUCUUUGACGACUGUAACCACGUGAAGAAAGCGCUCGCUGCUUCGCUACGGUUUGCAGCCAGGAACAACAUCGCCACAAUCGGGUUCGACGAUGACUGCCAGUGUAACUUUGCGAACCCGGCGACACUAGGUGUCGUCGGGCCAACCAGCUCUGACAUCACCAUAUCAGUGGCAAACCUACUUGGGCUUUUUGACAUACCCAUGAUCAGCUACGCUGCAACCAGCAAGAAGCUGAGCGACAAAUCCCAGUUCCCCAACUUUCUCAGGACAGUUCCCAGUGACUUUCAACAGCCCAAAGUCAUGGCAGAAGUAGUUGCACACUUUAACUGGACGUGGGUGGGAACCAUAGCAGGCGACAACUCUUAUGGGCGACCAGGAAUCGAACAGUUCCUGACAGAAGCUGAAAACAAAGGUAUCUGUGUUGCUUUUACAAAGUACAUCACAGCGUCAGAAGGGAUCGAUGACGCCCUUCGAGCAAUAGAGAACAACCCGGAUGUGAAGGUCAUAGUUGCUUUCAUUGGUGGGUCAAACCUAGAACCUCUUAUAAGCCGUGUGACGAGAAACGACAUCACGUGGAUUGCGUCGGAAGCCUGGUCCACGUCUUCCUCCAUUCUCCAGUUCACCGACGUGACCCGCGGCACCCUGGGUAUCCAGCUUCGCACUGGCAAAAUCGAGGGUUUUAAGGAAUACCUGCGCAGGUUGAGCCCCCUUAAAGAGCCUCACAACAAACUCCUGCAGGCCAUGUGGGAGGAGGAGUUCAACUGUAAGUAUGAACCCGACAACACGACAUGUGCCUCCCCUCCCCCCGGUGACGUCACCCCCACCCCAGGGAUCCACGUAGCUACCCAGAACUGCACCUCCAUCCUCUGCACACGCCAGGAGAGUCUGAAUGGCUCAAAGCUGCUCAACUUCAACGACUUGGAGCUUACAACGGCCUUCCACUCAUACGUGGCCGUCUAUGCCUAUGCACACGCGCUACACGACAUCUUUGCCUGCCGUCCUGAAACCAGCCCACUGUCUGAUAGGUCCUGCCCCAAUGUCUCUGCCAUCACACCUCGCCAGCUGCUGCAGUUUGUACGGAACGUCAACUUCACUGACUCCGUGGGCGAGAUCGUGACCUUCGACGAGAACGGAGAACCAGCGCCGCACUACAGCAUCCUGAACUGGCAGGAGAAGAACGGGAAGCUGGAGACUGUGCAAGUGGCAGACGCUGUGGGGAGCCAGGGUCUGGACCUGAACCACAGCAUACAGUGGAACAAUGGGGCUAACAUCACGAACACUCAGGUUCCGGUGUCCACCUGUAGUGAAACCUGCCAAGCAGGUUUCUUCAAGGGGAGGAUAGAAGGGAAACCUACAUGCUGCUGGAAAUGUCAGUCAUGUGGGGAAGGCAACAUUUCAACUACCAUAGAUGCAGACAGCUGCAAACAAUGCGGUGAGCGGGAAUACAGCAGCAAGGACCAUACUAAAUGUCUCAACCGUGAGGUGGACUUUCUAGACUGGACGGAACCCAUGGCCAUUGUGUUCGUCUGCCUGAUCUGCCUUGGCACCAUUCUGACAAUUUUAAUCACAAUACUGUUUAUCGUGAAGCGGAAUACUCCCGUUGUGAAGGCGUCGAGUCGCGAGCUACUGUUCCUUCUGCUGCUGGGCCUCCUACUGUGUUUCCUCAGCUUUCUGCCUUUCAUCGGGAUUCCCACCAACUUUACCUGCAUCUUACGACCCUUUCCACUGGGCCUGGGUUUCGCACUCAGCAUUUCUGUCAUCCUCGUGAAGACGAAUCGCGUGCGUGUCAUCUUCGAAGCCCGUCUUCCGAGCAGCCUUCACCGCAAGUGGCUGGGGAUUCGUAUCCAGCUGCUGUCAGUUUUCCUGGCUGUUUUAGGAAUGCUCGUGGUCCUGAUAGUGUGGAGCGUUGCCGCUCCCCCAUAUCCUGAAGAGAACUUCGACAUCCAGCCAGACAAGAUUUUCCUGGAGUGCAAAACAGGCACGUGGAUUGGCUGGGGGGUCAUGAUUGGCUACAUCGUGGUGCUGGCCAUGUGCUGCUUCUACUUUGCCUUCAAGGCAAGAAAACUGCCAGAGAACUUCAACGAAGCUAAGUUCAUAGUCCUCAGCAUGCUCAUCUUCUUCAUUGUGUGGAUUUCGAUCAUCCCUGCCUACGUUGGGACGACAGGGAAGUUCGUUGUGAUGACCCAGGGCAUCGCGAUUUACGCCUCCACCUUCGGGCUCCUGGCAUGCUUCUUCUUCCCAAAGUGCUGGGUGAUCCUGGUCACGCCCGAAAGGAACACUAUGGCCUACAUACGGGAGUCUACCACUGAGCACUCCUUCGUCACGGCAGCACGGGUCACCAUUAGGAGACAAACUGAGGACACGCAAACAUCUGCUGGAUCCAGAGGAUCCUCCAAAUCUGGCAGCCUGUUGAGGAAGGGUAAGAAGGGGGACAAUGGAUCUGGCAGAAAGAGUGAAGGUCUUAAGAUGGGGCCGCUUGGUAACAAAAACACAUCUAACAACAACAGAUUGACUUCACUACAGGUUGAUAACAGUCCUGAGCUCUUCCGUGCAAGAAGCAGCUCUUCACCGACAAUCAUCAUCACAGAGCAUCAGGACGAUACAGAAGACAUGUCAGCACAACACCUGACAGUGGGUCAUCACCAGCCUACUGUCCAGGUUAACACUGAACCUACAGACAGCAGUAACAAUGUGCCAAAUCAGGAUGCCUGGCUUCAUCCUCAAAGCCCAGAGCUCAGCUACACCAAAUAUGGACAGGACUACAAUAGAUGA